AUGACCUCCAAUCUCCUCCCCAUCAAAGUUUGGGGCCAGGGCGGCCCCAAUCCUCCCCGCGUGGCCAUCAUCCUCGAAGAACUGAACCUGCCGCACGAGUUCGUCCCCAUCGAACUGACCCAGGUCAAAUCACCCGCGUACCUCGCCAUUAACCCAAACGGCCGGCUCCCGGCCAUUCACGACCCUAACAACGAUCUCACGCUGUGGGAGUCCGGCGCUAUCGUCGAGUACCUGAUCGAGCGGUACGACACAACGCACAAGAUCAGCUUUGCUCCAGGCACGAACGACGCACAGCACGCGCGCCAGUGGCUGUUUUUCCAGGCCUCCGGCCAGGGCCCGUACUACGGGCAGGCGUGCUGGUUCAAGAAGUACCACCCGGAGCCCGUGCCGAGCGCGCUGCGGCGCUACGUCGACGAGGUGAAUCGCGUCUCUGGCGUCGUUAAUGACUACCUGGCUAGCCGGACGGUGGCCCCCGGCGGGGACGGGCCGUGGUUGGUCGGGGAGAAGUGCUCGUAUGCGGAUCUGGCUUGGUCGACCUGGCAGAUUAUGGUCACCAAGAUUAUUCACAAGGAGGACGGGUAUGAUGUGGAGAGGUUUCCGGUUUUGAAGGACUGGUUGGAUCGGAUGUUUAAGCGUGAGUCGGUGAGGAAGGUUAUCGAGGCGGUUAUGCCGCCUGCUUCGUAG